CCGAGGCCCGGGCCGGAUGGGCGCUGCGGGCCGGGGCACGGACCGCGGAGCGGCCUGGGACCUGUGGUCCACCAAGGCUGCAGUAUCUGAAAUGUGGAGAAAGCCUAUUAUCCUGUGAUUCAUGAAGGAAGGAAGUGGAUAUGUGUUUGCAGAGGAAAACUGUUGUUAUGGAUAAGGAAAUGCAGCAGCUCCUAAGACAAACGCUGUGUGGACAGUGCCACACACCCUUCCAAACAACAACGGCUCUUGCGUGCAUUUUCCAGUGUUUCUUUUGUCAGAGAGUCCAGCAGAGCCGCAGGUCUUCAAGUGCCAGCCCUGAGCUGAGUGAGGAACACCCAGCAGAAAUGGUGAAAAUGACCAAAUCCAAAACGUUCCAAGCUUAUCUACCAAACUGUCACCGAACGUACAGCUGUAUCCACUGCAGAGCCCACCUGGCCAAUCACGACGAGCUGAUCUCCAAGUCCUUUCAGGGAAGUCAGGGAAGAGCCUACCUCUUCAAUUCUGUGGUGAACGUGGGCUGCGGUCCCGCUGAGGAGAGGGUCCUUCUCACUGGGCUGCAUGCAGUUGCAGACAUCUACUGUGAGAACUGCAAGACCACACUCGGGUGGAAAUACGAACAUGCCUUUGAGAGCAGUCAGAAAUAUAAGGAAGGAAAAUUUAUUAUUGAGCUUGCCCACAUGAUCAAAGACAAUGGUUGGGAGUAAAGUGGAAACUUUCCAUUCUCUUGAAUACUAUUUUGUGAAAGAGACUGAAGUGUAAUGGAGAUGUAAGAGCAUCCCGGAUGACAAUAUUUCUUGAACUUUGACCUCACAGGCUAGCCGUGCUUUGACACUCAAAGGCCUCUCUUGGCCAUCUCCUUGGGUAAGGCAUCCCCAAUUUGUGUCCUGUUUAUGUACAUGGUUGUUUCUGAAAGUUUGCAAUGAUCUUUUUCUAACUUCUCAAGUUCUAGAAAAAGAAUUAACCAACUGAUGACUUAUUUGCCUAAUUAAUACCUUCUUUUAACCUAUGCCUUCAAUAUAGUUUGGCUGUGCUUUUUCAUGUUCAAUAGAAAUCUAAAACUAAGUCCCUAAAGACCAGAGAGGCAAGGUCUCUUUCAAGAGCAAGUCUCACUUCUCCCUUUUUUAGAGUAAGGUAGCUUGUUUUACCCCAAUUCUCAAAACUACAAAUUGGUUAUUCCUUCUACAUGUAAACCGUAAGGCAUAGUGUCCAUUUAAGAAUCUUUCAGAAGCAGUCAACAAAUUUAUCCACCCAGAGUGGUUUUUUUUGUUGUUGUUGUUUUAGCCUGUUCAAAAAUGGAACAUAACCAAUACAUUUUAGAUAAGCUAUAAAUAGAGAAAUAUGUCUAAUGAACAUUUUGUUUCUUUAAGGCAAUAGAUUCCUUAUCUAGAAAGCAAGUGAACUAAUCUCUAGAAAAGACCAUGCCAGGGCCCUGCAGAGGCCAUUACUGAGGUGAUAGCCUCACAGGUCUGGACCUGGAGGUUUUACCCUCAGUAGUAACAGUGGCUCACAAGUCUGGCAGUUGCUGAAUGGCUGGUUCAUGUCAUUAUAAGUAGCAUGCUGGACCAAGUAUGAAGCUGGAUUUCAUUUUCUACCUGGACGUACUUGAAGAAAAAGAAUUAUUUUUGCAUAUGAAAGAGGUCAGAACCAGCAGGAAAACUUCCUAACUUGAGAUUUGCCAGAUUAAAAUUUCUUUAGAAAAGGUUAAAAAUUGCAAGACGGGUUUAAAUGUUGUAAAGGAAAGGUGUUUGGCUUGCUGGGUAAGUCACCUUUCCCCUUUCUGGUGCUGUCAUGCGGGCUGAUGUGGAAGGGACCUGGGCAGUCUCCCAAAUGCUGGGUUUCUGUCACAGAAUUUUUUUAAGUCAUGGCCCACCAUCCUCCUGUGCCUCUGCAGUGCAUGGGCACUAUUCAAGAGUAUCAGCCGAUCUGCAGAGAAUGGAAAUUAGAAAACAUUUCUAGAUGUACAACAAUUUGUACCCCAGCUUAGGGCAGAGGGGUAGAAAAAAAGGCUGGUGGUAGGGAGGCAGAGAGCUAGAAGAGCAGUGUGCUUUGAUAGCUCUCAGCCUAGCAAAUGGCUGUGAAACUGUCUCUGGACAGUUCCAGCUCCCCAGCUGCCCAGGUCCCGUCACCAGUGCAGGCACUGGGUUGCCACCUGGCUCCCAUUCAGUGCUCAUCCCAGAGCCUACCCUUUGGUGCCAUCUCUUUGCCCAAGACUAGAUGCUUUGGAAUGUGGGAAAUGCAUUGUCCUGGGUUCAGUGACUUAGUGGGCAUGUCACCAAGCCAUUAUCAGCUUAGUAGGAGUAGCAGUGCUAGGUCACUUUAAGCACAUCUUCACCCUAAAAAAGCAAGGACAUCUUUGCACAGCCUGUAAGCCUCUGCAUCUGGUGGUGGUCCAGCAAGCUGCUUUCUCUUGAGCUAGUCUCCUGUAGACUGAGGCUGGCUUACUGUAUUCCUGUAUUACUAAGUUAAACAGCUUUCCACCAUGAGGUGGCCAGAGCCUGGAGUUGUUGCUCCCAAGAUCUGAAAUCUAAAGAUGCUUCACUUGUGAGUGGCACAUGAAGUAGCAAGGUCUGUGGCUUCUGUCCAUUAUGUGGCAUUGUAAAGGGGAAAGACAUCUUCCUUAAUUGACAAAUGAGCACUAAGUGAAAAAUUAGCUAACAGUGACUUCCUUUCUAGUCUUCAUUCCUUUUGCAAGUGGGAACUUAGCCUUUGAGGCUCAGAGAAUGGGAAGAAAUGAUAUGGCUUCACUAGCCUGCCUAGAGUGCAGCCCGAGUACGAUUCCAUAAAUGUUUUACUUAAAUUGAAGAGACUUUUCUAGAAUUUUUCUGACCCAUUUUUGUAUAUACUAAGGUUAUAUUUAAAGCUUUUUAUAUGUUCUGGGCAAGUUUACUGCUCCUUUCAUUUGAGCACUUUGGUUUUUGUAUCGUCUUUUGUGAUGGCAUUGAUUGAAAAUUUUUUACUAGUACUCUUAUGACUUAUUUUGUACUUUUGUUGGUAAUGGAUACCAACACAACUUUUAUCAUUUUUUGUUGAUGGUGGUGGUCUUCUGAGAAAUAUAAGUUUCUUUUUUAAACUGUAAACCAAAUGAACUGACCAUGAGCUGGCAUCAGGGGAAGUAAUACUCACAAGACCACAACCAGAUGUGCUGGUGAAGUGCUGGAAUAUUCCACCUUCUUAAAUUCCUAAACAAUAACUCUCAUCCCAUGACUUUUAUUUAUUUAAAUUUUUUCCUUGAGAAUAUUUGGAGUUGUAUCUAGGAUUAUAAAUACAUUUGUAGUACAUUCUGGCACAGUACAUUUGCUUUAGAAAUGUGGUUUAGUUUUGUCAUUUUAUAUAUGUACACUCAUAGUAUUUUUAUAUCUUAAAAUUUAUUCUUGAUGGCAUCUGUCAGAUAUUCAAAAGGAUCAGAGAUGAGAUUUUUUUCCAAAAGUCUUUUAUUCUACCUGAUGAUCUCAUCAGGCAGUUACAAAAUCCAAGUGGUUUAAUAUCUAGAAGGACAUAAUUUAAGCUCUAAAAUGAACUACAGAAAUAUAAACCUUCUGUCAAAGGACUUGGUCAGGCCUGUCUUCUGCCCUGGAGGGCAAGUUUGGGUGAGGAUAUGGCCCUCCCCUUGGGGCAGGUGCAGAUCACUGGAUAAGGCUGGAUGGACAGAUGGACAGCAGCCUGGAGGCAGCAGGAAGCUUCGCUUCAAGGAGCAAGGAUGAUCAAGCUCAAGUGCACACACCGCCUUCAGUUUCCCCUACCCCAAGCCAUGCCACUGGCCUUUGGUCCUAUGUUUGUGUGAGGUUUAUAAAUAAAGCUUCUGAUGUCAGA